AGCAAAAGGGUAAUCAUUAGACGGUUGAUUUGUCAGCGCAAUUCCGUGCUAAAACAAUUACUCUUCGAUAAGUGCCAUUUGAUAUCGUUUCAUUAUAAGCAUUCCUUUUUUGAACAAUAAACGUUCAACCGUCGUUGCCGUUGCGUCUAAAAAACUACGCAUCAAAGUAUCCCAUGGAUACGACGUGCCUGUCACAAGACCAGCCCAUUAGUAAACAAUGGCAAACCAAGCCGAAUAAGGCCAUCAACUCGUGGGACAGUAACCUUCCAACAGCUCCACGUGGCUGAGGAGUAUGAGCCUAAUUGCAACCUGUAUCCUCUGUCAGGCCAGAUUGCCGUACGAAGGUUCGAAUACGUGGAUACUGGUGCGUCAUUUGAUUGAUAAACAUCCACUGGAAACGAUGCCGCUGUCGUGCAAACCAAAUUCCGAACAUAAUACCAGCCUCGCGGCGGAAAAAUCAACCCCCCAGAUGACGGAAAAUUCUAAUAAGCAACCAAAACCCGUGUCAGGUACCGAUGCUAACCCAUGUGGUUCUAAAACGGUGCUGCUCAAUAAUCGGCGAACCAUCUACAAAACUACCGUGGUCCAAUGGAAACCGGCUCAGUUUCGGGUGAAAUGUAAAGAGUGUGGUGGACGUUUCUUUCCCACCGUUCGCCAUGCAACGAGCCGCAUCUCGAACGGGUUGGGAGCUGCAUGCAUAAUUUCCUGCUGGCCGUUCUGUUUCCUGCCCGCCCUAUUUACCACCCCGACGAAGCAUCACCUGCACUGCUCCAACUGCAAUGCCUAUCUGGGGCUUUAUGAUGUUCAGCGAGACUGUACGCUGGAGACUUCGUGAAGAUCAACGCUGAUCGUGGUAGAAUUUAAGAUGACUGGGAGUAAUGUUUUAAAUUCCGGAAAAUAAUCGGUCGUUAGUAUUUUUAAUAUAUAAAAAAAAACAAACUAAAUGUUACAAAAUGAACUUAACUGCCUGUAACUACGUUUUAACAUUUUCAAAAUAAAAAUAAAUAUCGUCGUAAUUCGACAUCU